UAUUGGGGAACCUUUGGACCACUCCCCCUGUUGCCAGAGGAGCGCUCCUGGCUACAGCUGACCCAUGAUGGCCACGUCUCCCGUGAAAGAGUUCCUGGUUUCCUAUUUAAUGCCAGAAAAAUGUUAUGAAGAGAUUUUCGUGAAGUUCCACAUGCACGUGCCUUGCCUAAAGUUUUUACUGAACAAAACUUUCGGAUUUUGGAUCUUACUGGACACUUUCCUAGCUCAGCCUCCUCAGCUGCUGAAGAUACUGUGGAGAAGAAGUGCAGCGGGCCUAAAUCUGACCUCCGCCCUCCUGCAGCUUUAUGCCUUAUCAUGUCCUGUGGUGUACGCUGUGGCCAACAACUUCCCACUCUUUGCCUGGGGUGAGAGGCUCUUCACAUUGGCCCAGACAGCAGCCAUUGUCUUCCUCAUCCUGCAUUAUCGUGGAGAUACCCUCAAAGGACUGCUGGUCCUCAUGGCUUACAGUGGCGUAAUGUUCCUUCUGGGCUCCUAUGCAGCUGUAGCAGUCGUCUCAUGGAUGCAGGCCUCCAGCUUGACAGCUUUAAUAGCAAGCAAGGGUCUCCAGGCUGGAACUAACUACUGUAAUGGCCACACAGGCCAGUUGUCCACUCUGUCUGUGUUACUAUCGUGCGGAGGGUCUCUGGGUGUUCUCUUUAUGUCUCUACAGGAGACGGGAAGCUCAUUUGCUACACUGUCACACAUUCUGUCAGCCUGUCUCAGCUGUGUCCUCCUGGCCCAGGUCCUCUGCUACACGAGCAGCACCGCCACCACCACUAAAAAGAAGAGCGAGUAGAUGGUGGAGGACUGUGACAAAUGAACACUCACAUUAUUUGCAAAUCCUUCUGGUCAUUCAAGAAAUGUUUUGCGCUAAACUAGCAGAACAUUUUUACAGGGUCUUCUUGUACAAAUGCACUCUAAACAAGGCUUGUGCUGUGUUUUUGUGUAAAUUUGAACCCUCAUUGUCAUGUUAAUUCAACAUUUUCUACAUUUUUAGAAAUUCCUGUUGUUAGUUUCCUGUAAUUUGUGAGGGAAUAAAAAAAGGUUUUGUCACCCUCUAGUGAGUCAAAUAGGAAUGACUUUACUCUCAGGUGUGACAGCUUUCAAUGGGCCUUUUUCACAGAAGACAAUGAAGACGCUUCACAGUAGGAAAAGCACAGAUGUAAACAAUACCGUUAAUGGUGGCUGAAGUCCAUUUAGCUGCUUUUGUUUCAGGGUUCUGUUGCUGUGCACGCUGGUUCACUGUCACACACUCACUUGAAUACAACAGAGUCACCGUCACACCUGUGCUUUUCCUAGUAGGACAAAUCAAAAUGUCUGCUGUGAAAAAGACUGGUGGCAUCUGCAGGUGACUAUCAAAAUAAAACAGUCAGUUCUUGAGUGUA